AUGGCUGAGGCCGGCGACGACAAUAGCGGCUCUCGCAGUGCGGAUGGCGAACCGCCUCGAAAAAGAGUCAGGAAGGGAACCAAGAGUUGCUGGGAAUGCAAGCGUCGCAAAGUCAAAUGCCAACUUUCUACGGAAGAUGUACCUGUCUGUUCUGGAUGUCUAACUCGAGGCACAACCUGUCUUAGCCAGGAGUAUCCUGAGGAGAGAGACCCCUCAAGUGGAACGAAUGUCGGCGAGAGACUUGGUCGAAUUGAACAGGUUCUAGAGAAGCUAGUUGCAAAGAUUGAGCAAUACGAAGAGGAGGAGAACACAGCUCAAAAAAUGUUAACACCAGAUUCUUUGAGCAAUAACGAUGUUCCCACCCCGUAUUCAGGGACGGCAAACUCUAAUACGCAGACGGACACGGCACCAUUCAUGCAUCUGUUUGACAGUUCUAUGGUGAGGAUUAAUGUUCUCAAAGGACGCAAGGGCUAA